GUUAGUAUCAAUAAAGUUUUUUCAACAAUCGCUAGAACAACAUGCUAUUGUUCAAUUGACACCAAAUUUAUCGUUCUGUAUCACUUAUGUACUCAGUUAUUACAAUUUUCAUUAAAAAUAAGAAUGGAUGCCAUUUCAAGAGGGGUGAGGUAGAACAUUGUAGGGGGGUGGAUUUGUCGACAAAAAUAGCUGAAAAAUACCCCCUUAAAUAUCGGUAUGUCGUAACCAAACACAUUGUAUAUGACUAGGAAGAAAAUUUUUAAAAAAUACUUUUGUGGGGCAUGGGUAUGGAUGAUCUCGAAAUUUGCAGUUUUUCUAUUUUCUUUCACUUUGACAUUAUUUUAUGAAAAAGCCUAAAAUUGUUGGGAAGUCGAUUGACAGUUGACAUAGUGGGGAAUUUCAUGUUAACUGUUGGCGACAAUGUCAUAUUUGACAGAUGAUUUUAAAACAGCGGCUUCACGUAGUUCAAUUGUUCAAUUUUCGAAUAUUUUUAUUUUGGAUGUGUCCGAUUGCUAACAGAGAAGAUCACAUAGUCCAAUAACUGCUCAAGCUUCACGUGCCGCAUCGACGCUGAAAGACAAGGAUAAGCCGCUACAGGAAGAACCUGCUGAUAAGAAAGAAGCAACUAAAUAGAAAUAGGUACCCCUAGACAUUGAUCUGAAGAAAACUAACAAGCAGGACAGGCGAAGAUCGGAUAGAUCAAGAGAUUCCCAGUUCACAGUAAGUGAGGAAGAUCGAGACAGGAUGGCUGAAAGAGAAAUGGAUGGUCACGCAAGGCCAGCAUCUGCAGAACGUAGAGGUAGGGGUGGUAGAAGCCGGGGCGCUGGAAGACCCCUUUCCAACCGACCUGCCAACAGGUUCCCUAGUUAUCCAGACUAUCCCAAUUUUCCACUUGAAUAUCAUAUGGCCAGCUUCAGUGGAUCUCAAGAUGGCCAGAAUUUUGUGGUUCCAUGCACGGAGACCUAUCAUUUCAACAGCAACAGUUACGUCAGCUUAGACGGACCAACCUUGAAGAAAUAUAUUCGCAACCAAAUCGAGUACUAUUUCAGUGAUGAUAAUUUAAACAGUGACUUUUUUCUAAGAAGCAAAAUGGAUCCUGAGGGGUACGUUCCAGUGAGCUUGAUAGCCUCAUUCCAUAGAGUACGAGCACUCACUCAUCACGUGGCCUUGGUUGUCGAAGCUAUCAGCUAUUCCGACAAAUUAGAAUUGACUGCAGGCUUCAAGGUUCGCCCCAAGCUUGAUCCUCUUAAGUGGCCAAUUCUAGAUAAGUCUACUGAAAAAGACGACGAGAUAAAUGCCAAACUUGUGCCUCCACCACCUUCACCAAAAAUACUUAGAGAAAGACAUGUAGAAAACUUGAAUCUCGAUGUCGCCGAGUUUAUUCCGCAUGAAAUAGAUGGGAAAAAAUUAAAUGAUAACAAUACCCAAGACUCUGCCAUGGAAAUAAACAACAAGGAGAAUCAAAAUAACAAUGAAAACACGAAUGAUGCAACAACCAUGAUGAAGAGGGCUGCCAUAAAUGAAGUGUCAAUGGGUGAAAAUAAAGCAUGCAGGAUCGAUGAAAACAACGAGAAAAACAAGGAUGAUACAAACUGGAUGCCGGUUAAAAGGAAGAAUAAGGGGAAAAGGAAGCAGAAGACCAAGAGUCUGGAACGUGAAGAGUUAGAUUUUGCUUUUAACGAGGAGCUAUAUCAAGAUGUGCCAGCGGGACGACAGAAUACUUUUUCAAACGACUGGUUGGGUCACCCUGUAUAAAUAGAAUAAAAUGUGUAAAUUAUAGUACAGUACCUACAAGGGAAACGUUUGAAAUUAGAAAUAGAGAAUCACAUACCUAUGAUCUUUUUUCAGUUCUGAGAAUGAGACUCCAAGUCCAACUCCACUUCCAAGUCAUCAUCCUUACCCUAUCCCAUAUGUACCCACAGAUGUUCUGGUGUGGGAUAAAACUCCUCCAGACUACACGGCGCCAGAAUAUGAAGGCACACCAGUUGCGAAACUGUCCUUUUACGAUGAUACAAGCAGCCAUGGUACCAGCCCUAAUGAUGCUCACCUGGACACAAGCGAUGGUAGCUACGGUAGCAGUGUUCCUCAAUCUCUGCCGUCAUUAAAACAUCCAUCUCCCGAAUUACUAAAGGAGAACAACUUGAACCAGCGGGCGUAUAAUAAGUUCAAAGCGAAAUGUGUCCAGGGUAAGUUCAUUUCAAAAUUCAAACAUGUUAUGCUAUUUUGACUAUUUUUGAC